UUGGCAUUUUAUUGCUGCUUUUCUUUCAUUUACAGAAGCUGCUGAGUAAUACAGAACCAAAAUAUUAUUAAUUAACCAGCUAUUCCUUGGCUACAAUAACCACAGUAACUAAUUUAACUCAGAAAGUUUCUGCAACCUGCCUGUAAUUAUGUAUGUGCCUGCCAUUGGUAGAUUGGUUAGCAAACAAUGCAAUGAACUGAUAACAGCAGAGAAUAAAACACUGGUUUUGAGACUGAGCUUUACAACCAGGAUCAGCAGAUGAAGGAAGCAGAGGGGUUUUAAGAUGGGCAAGAGGAAGUUCAGUGGCCUGGAAGUCACUCUGAUUGUCCUCUUCUGCCUGGUGGUGGCGGUGGCCAUUGUCCUCAUUGCGCUUUUAGCAGCUGGGGUACCUGCAGUCAAAACUACAGAAUUUACACCACAAUGUCUGAACAUAUUAACAGUGGAGCGAAUUGAUUGCAUCCCGGAUCGAGUAGCAACAAAGAGCACCUGCGAGUCGCGUGGCUGCUGCUGGAGUCCCCAGAGUGAUACUAGUGUACCCUGGUGUUUUUUCUCUAAAAACCGUGGGUAUAAAGUGGAUGGGUCAACAAGAUCAACUCAAACAGGAUUUGAGGCCACGUUAACAAGACUGCCAUCACCUUCUCUCUUUGGAAAAGAUAUCAACACUGUCCUCCUCACAGGAGAGUAUCAGACACCAAAUCGCUUCCGGUUCAAGAUUACUGAUCCUACAACACAAAGAUUUGAAGUUCCCCAUGAGCAUGUGGGCUCUUUCAGUGGACCUGCAGCCUCCAAUUUAAACUACAGAGUGGAAGUGAGGUCAAAUCCCUUUGGUAUCGUGGUGACCAGAGUGAGCAAUGGGAAAGUACUUUUUGAUACUACCAUCGGACCACUGCAGUACGCUGACCAGUUUUUACAACUAUCAAUCAAACUACCUAGCAACAACAUUUAUGGCGUGGGAGAGCACGUGCAUAAGCAGUACCGACAUGAUCUCUACUGGAAAACCUGGCCCAUAUUCAGCAGGGAUGUUGGUCCCUCUGAUCAAAUGCAUAACUUAUAUGGAGUUCAGACUUUCUUCAUGUGUUUGGAAGACAGCAGUGGAGACUCUUUCGGUGUUUUCCUGAUGAACAGCAAUGCCAUGGAGUUUGCAGUACAGCCUGCUCCAGCAGUGACCUACAGAACCAUUGGCGGCAUCCUUGAUUUCUAUAUCUUCUUGGGGAACACUCCAGAGCAAGUAGUCCAAGAGUAUUUGCAGUUUGUGGGACUCCCAAUGUUGCCUUCCUACUGGAGUCUGGGCUUCCAGCUCAGCCGCUGGAAUUACGGGUCUCUGGAUGAGGUGAAGGCUGUUGUGGACAGGAACCGUCUGAUUGGACUCCCUUAUGAUGCUCAGAUCACUGAUAUUGAUUACAUGGAGGGAAAGAAAGAUUUUACAUACGACAAAGUGCUGUUUAGUGAUCUUCCUAAUUUUGCGACUUACAUGCAUAACCAUGGACAAAAAUAUAUUAUCAUAUUGGAUCCUGCUAUUAGCACACAACCUCUAGUUGAUGGUAGUCAAUAUGGCAGCUAUGUCAGGGGGGAGAAUAAGAAAGUCUGGAUUAAUGAAUCAGAUGGAGUAACAACAUUAGUUGGAGAGGUAUGGCCAGGGGAAACCGUGUACCCAGACUUCACCAACCCAGACUGCACCAGUUGGUGGGUGGAAGAAUGCAGACUGUUUUAUAACACAGUGCCAUACGACGGGAUCUGGAUUGAUAUGAACGAGGUGUCCAACUUUGUUCAAGGUUCAAAUAAAGGUUGUGAGCAGAAUGACUUAAACUAUCCUCCGUUCACUCCCAAUAUUGUCGAUAAACUCAUGUUUUCCAAGACGCUUUGUAUGGAUGCAGUGCAGAAGUGGGGCAAACACUACGAUGUCCACAGUCUGUAUGGAUAUUCCAUGGCCAUAGCAACGCAACAAGCCAUCAACACAGUGUUUCCAGGAAAAAGAAGCUUCCUUAUUUCAAGGUCUACAUUCAUUGGAUCAGGAAAGCACACAGGACACUGGCUGGGAGAUAACGCAGCAACAUGGGAACAGCUAAGAUGGGCAGUACCUGGAAUGCUGGAAUUCAACCUCUUUGGAUUUCCUUAUAUUGGAGCAGAUAUCUGUGGCUUCGUUUUUGACACCACGGAAGAACUUUGCAGACGAUGGAUGCAAGUAGGAGCAUUUUAUCCAUUUUCCCGGAAUCACAAUGCUGAAGGAUACAUACCUCAGGAUCCGGCUGUGUUUGGAGCUGAUUCAGUCUUGGUGCAGACCUCCAAGCACUACCUGAACAUUCGCUAUACUUUGCUGCCCUACCUGUACACGCUCUUUUAUAGAGCGCAUACUCGAGGGGACACAGUUGUACGUCCAGUUUUGCAUGAGUUCUACUCUGAUGAAGGGACAUGGGCAAUUGAUAGGCAGUUCCUGUGGGGUCCUGGGCUACUUAUUUCUGCUGUAAUGGAUCAGGGUGUGGAUGUAAUCGAUGCAUAUAUUCCUGAUGCAGUAUGGUACGAUUAUGAAACGGGGGCAAGAAUCUCAGAGAGAAAACAAUGGACCAAGAUGUACCUGCCAGCUGACAAACUGGGGCUCCACUUGAGAGGAGGCUAUAUUUACCCUAUUCAACAACCAGCUACUACAACAGUUGAAAGUCGCAGGAAUCCAUUGGGACUCAUAAUUGCCCUGGAUGAGAACAAUGCAGCUUCUGGGGAGUUAUUCUGGGAUGACGGAGAAUCUACAGGAACAGUUGAGAGUAACAACUACAUUUACUACGAAUUUACAGUUUCCAAUAACCGUCUACAAAUGAAUGUCAUAAGCGGCAGUUACGUUGAUCCAAACAACUUAAAAUUUGAAGAAAUCAAAAUCCUGGGGGUGCUCCAGCAAAUAACAGGUGUUACUGUCUCCCAGAACAACGUAGAGCAAAAUUCUCAGCAUAAUAUCACCUACAAUCCUUCAGAUAAGGUUGCUCAUAUAACAGGACUUCAGCUUCAACUGGGAACAUCUUACACGCUGCAGUGGACUCAACAACAGAGUAUCAACGAAAGGUUUGAUUGUUAUCCCGGCAUAAAUCCAACACAAGAAAAAUGUGAACAACUUGGCUGCGUCUGGGAGCAGGCACCAUCAAACCCGAACAGUCCAUCCUGCUAUUUCAGCUCCGACAACGCUUACUCUGUUGGUGAAGUAGAAUACUCCUCAUCAGGUUUGGCAGCCAACCUGAUCUUAAACAGUGCCAAUACCAGAGCUAAUGACAAUUACACUGCCCCAAUUGGUACGCUACGCUUGGAGGUUAAAUAUCAUAACAACUACAUGCUGCAAUUUAAGAUUUAUGAUUACCAGAAUCCACGAUACGAGGUUCCUGUACAAUUAAAUCUCCCAACCUCCCCAACGAGUACAGCUGAAGGGCGACUCUAUGACGUAUCAGUUCAGAAAAAACCAUUUGGCAUACAGAUUCGACGCAAAAGCACAGGGACAGUCAUCUGGGAUUCGCAGCUGCCUACCUUCACAUUCAGCGACAUGUUCAUUCAGAUUACUACCCGUUUGCCAUCCCAGUAUAUAUAUGGAUUUGGAGAAACUGAGCACACCACGUAUCGACGUAACAUGGACUGGAACACCUGGGGAAUGUUCACAAGGGAUCAGUCUCCUGCUGACCAUUUGAAUUCCUAUGGUUAUCAUCCCUUCUACAUGGCUCUUGAAGAAGAUAGCAAUGCCCAUGGAGUUCUCCUGCUUAACAGCAAUGCGAUGGACGUGACGCUUCAGCCAACCCCUUCCCUGACGUACCGCACCAUUGGCGGAAUUCUUGACUUCUACAUGGUUUUGGGCCCAACGCCAGAACUUGUUGUCCAGGAGUACACUGAAGUAGGUUUCUUACCCAUUACCAACUUGCUCUCCUUGGUUGGUUUUCACCUUUUCACCACAAAUACUCUCUCUCAUUUUCAGCUAAUUGGACGACCAGUGAUGCCACCCUACUGGUCCCUGGGAUUCCAAUUGUGCCGCUAUGGUUACAGAAAUGAUUCUGAAGUUGCCCAGCUGGUGGAGGAGAUGAAAGCAACUCAAAUUCCCUUCGACGUUCAAUAUGUAGAUAUUGACCAUAUGGAACGCCAACUGGAUUUCACUCUUAGCACACGCUUUACUGGGUUACCGGAUCUAGUUAACAAAAUAAAAGGAGAAGGAAUGAGAUUUAUCAUUAUUCUGGAUCCAACCAUCUCUGGAAAUGAAACUGAUUAUCCUACAUUCUCAAGAGGUUUGCAGGAUGAUGUCUUCAUGAAGUGGCCGAAUACCGAUGACAUUAUAUAUUCCAGGGUCUGGCCAUUUCUUCCCAAUGUUCAAGUCAAUGAGUCACUGCCUGAGCAAACCCAAAUACAGCUCUACGGAGCACAUGCAGCUUUCCCAGACUUCUUACGCAAUUCCACAGUAGCGUGGUGGAAGAGAGAGAUCCUGGAGUUCCACAACAAUCCCACUGAUCCCUCAAGAAGUAUCAAGUUUGAUGGCCUGUGGAUUGACAUGAAUGAACCGGCAACUUUUAUGAACGCUGCAUUUGGCGGCUGUAGAAACGAAGUCCUAAAUAACCCACCAUAUAUGCCUCAUUUGGGAUUCCGGUCAGAAGGCUUAACUUACAAAUCUCCAUGCAUGGAAGGUCAGCAAUACCUCCCAGACGGUACCCCUGUUAGACACUAUGAUGUCCACAGCCUUUAUGGAUGGGCUCAAACAAGACCUACUCUUGAAGCUUUGCAGAGUGCCACAAGGGAACGUGGGAUUGUCAUCACCCGUUCAACAUAUCCCAGCAGUGGAAGAUGGGCAGGACAUUGGCUGGGUGAUAACAGUGCAGCUUGGGAUCAAUUGUCAAAGUCUAUUAUUGGUAUGAUGGAGUUCAGUCUCUUUGGAAUAUCAUAUACAGGAGCUGAUAUCUGUGGCUUCUUUAAUGACUCGGAGUACGAGUUGUGUCUUCGCUGGAUGCAGCUGGGUUCAUUCUACCCAUAUUCAAGGAAUCACAAUGAGAAAGGAACAAGGAGGCAAGAUCCUGCUUCCUGGAACUCAACAUUUGUGGACAUUUCCCGGCACGUGAUGAAUAUCAGAUACACCCUCUUACCCUACUUGUACACGUUGAUGUAUGAGGCCCAUGUCCACGGCAGUACUGUGGUCCGCCCUGUGCUCCAUGAGUUUGUAGAAGACAAAGCAACCUGGGAAAUAUUUGAGCAAUUCCUCUGGGGACCUGCAUUGCUCAUCAGCCCUGUAAUGACUCCGAAUACUGUAACGGUGAAUGCUUACUUACCCAAUGCCCGCUGGUAUGAUUACCACACGGAUGAAUAUAUUGAUGCUACGGGGGAACGCAGAGUUUUAUCAGCUCCUUUGGAACAUAUCAAUCUUCAUAUCCGAGGCGGUUACAUCCUGCCUUGGCAAGAACCUGCUAAUACAACUUUUUACAGCCGGAAAAACCCGAUGGGACUUACUGUUGCUUUGAAUGGCAGUCUGCUAGCAGAAGGACAGCUGUAUUGGGAUGAUGGGGUUCGCAUUGAUGCCUAUGAAGAUGGUGCAUACCUGCUAACAUCAUUUAGUGCUCAACAGAAUGUUUUAGAGAUCAAGGUUGAGCAUCACGGUUACAGUGAUCCGAACAACCUGAUGUUUACUGAAAUCAAAGUCCUGGGCGUGCCCACCAACGUUCAGAAUGCAACUGUAUUGCAGAAUGGCGUGACAAUUCCAUCAGCUCACAUGCUGUCCUAUGACUCCACCAAGCAGGUCUUGAGGAUCACCCAGCUUCAGCUUCAUUUAGGACAAAGCUACACAGUGCAAUGGAGUUAAAAAGCCUGCACAAUAGCAUCAGCCAUAUUGCUGAAUUUCCUCGUUGUUUUAGAACUGGCUUUCAGUUUUCACCCUGCCACUUGGCAUCUUAAAAUACAUUGUACUUUAAAAACAUAUUAUAUUCAGUUCUUAUCAAGGUAUUAUGUGUUUAAGAGAGACGGGGUUUAGUAUUGUUGAAAGCUAAGUAUA